GCGAGUCCUCGUUCUCCAUUUCGUCGUCAAACUUGUUUCCUUCUAGUGACCUGUUUUAUUUCGCUUCUUUUUUCAUGCUAAUUUACAUAAUAUUGUAGUGAGUGAAAAAACGACUUUGACUAUCGAAACACUAGCAGGUGCUACGAGGAAUAGCUUCAUUGAAACUCAUGGAAAUAAAAGUAGCGUUUCGUAAUUGUUGUGCUUCUCAGUGAAAGUUCUUAAACGGGUCACCGUUUCUCGUGUACGACCGGCUCGAAACACGAGACUGAAUACGACGUUUAUCUAUCGACACUGUCGCACGAUUCAGUGGUGAAAUGGCGAUUAACCAACUGAUACGUAAUCGCGAAAAUUUCGAAACGUUUGGCUCCGCACAUGAUUAAUUUAACACGCGAAUAAUUAAUCGGUGAACAUAGCCUCUAGAGACAACUCUAUAGCGUCCAUUGUUUGAUCGUCACUUGUAAUUAUUAUGCCCCUCGUUUGGUUCGAAUAGCAUACGAUUGAUCGUAGUCCAGUCACGUUAGAUUUUAUCGUGGAAAAUCGUGUCGAACAAGGUAGGAAUUAAGCUACGGUAAAGCUAGCAGUUCUCGAUUAAAAUAAGUGGGAAACGUGUGUGUCCAUGGAUUAUGAAUUUAUAUGAGAAAGGAACUUCCAUAUUUCAUCUGGCCGUGUCAUGAAUACUGAAUCGUGUACAAAUGAUAUAAGAGAAUCUCUUUGGUUAUUACGUGACAAUUGUUGCAUGUGUAUCGCAUAGUUCAGAAUCCAAAAUGAUGGAAAAGAAGAGACGGAGCCUUCUACGGAAGGCCAAGGACGAGAUUGAACUGGAUAAAAUGAACAAACAGAAACAGGGCAAGUUAGCUGCUAUCGCCUUGAACUUUGGCGUGCUGGUCACCGCGGUAUACGAGGGUAUUUAUGCUCGACGAGGUGGUGAUCCGACGAAAAUUAGGGUUGUGGCUGAUCCUCAUGCCGCCACCAUAAAUAAUCCUGGCUACCGGGAACAUCAACCUACGAACGGACGUCAAUAGGAUGCCCUUGAGGGUUUCUCCCACGAGAAAUGGUUACCGCGUAACACGAAGGAGAGACCUUCGCUUGGCAGCUGAUGGAAACUCAAUAUGCCAGAGAAAUGUCUUCAGAUGUGAGUGUGAUGGAAGUCAAGUUGAUGGGAGAAAAUAGAGAAGGUAUACAGGAGUUAGAAGAAGUGAAGAGACAAUGGAAGCUUCGUAAAGAAGAAAGAAUACGUUGACAAUAGAGAAACCGUUAAGGUCAAGUAACGAAAAAUAUGCUUAUUUUGUUUUACUCCCAUAAUAUCAGAUUAUACGUUGUGCAUUCAAUUAUAUUUAUUGGAUAUAAAAACAACAGGGUAAGUAAACCCCAAAAUAUUUGGUCCCCUUAAAAUAAGCCAAAAUCGAAAUUUUUAUAAAGAAAGCAAAAUAUACAAGGCAUAUGUAUGUAUCUAUAUCUCUUUAUUGUGUAACAAAUUAUUUUGUUAUAAAUACAUUUCCUUUUCACAAUGUUCUUUCCUUAUAUCUAACUGCUUACUCUAUUUACUUAUUUCCUACGCGACGCUGGUUGUUUGACGGUUUACAAUAAUACUGUUUUAUUUGUACAUUUUUUUUUUUUUAAUAUUUACUCGCUAGUGUUAUUUUAAUUUUUAUGCCAGUUAAUGCUUACAUUUUAUCCUAAUUUCCUAGUCUAUUCUUUUCGCUUGCUCCUUAUUCUACAAAUUGUACUCUUUUGCUUUUGGUGUAGAGAGUUGCAUUCUCUUUUCCUAUCCCCCUUUAUGAAUGCUAGUCUUAAUCUUUCACUCUCUCUUUUUUUUUUUUAAUCUACGAUAUAAAAUUAUAAAAUUAAUAACAAUACUGACAACGUCUUAGUGAUACCCGUACUAUUGUAGUAAACAUGUAAUAGCAAAAUAUAAAUUUCUCUCUUAAAGUAGUUCGUGUUUUUUAUAUGUUUAUAUCUGUAUUUUCCGCGGCAUAUCUAUAGUAUAAUAUUCGCAUCCUUUAGGAACUUAAUUAAGGCUUUAUACAAAGCAUAUUUAAGUAUGCGAAAGUCGAAAAAGAAAAUCAAAUAAAGUGGUACGCGUGACAGUCAAUAUGCUAAAGGCAAAAAAAACGGGAUACACGUAGAAGAGGAUUUCAAAUGGAGAAGCGUGAAACAAAGAGCAAAGUGGACUGGAAACGAGCGACGAAACGCGGAGGAAGUAUUUCUCUUCCGCAAACACUUUACGUUUCGAAUGAUGAGAAUCUGCGUGUUGACUGGCUGCGUCGCACAGUGGUGCGGAUGGCCAAAAACCUGGCCAAAAUUACAAGGAGUUUUCGGAUCUUCCUGAAACUUGGUGUUUUAGGGUUAUUUGGGCCGCAAAUUACGAAUCUGGUAUCAGAAUUUCAAAAUUCAAAGUGGCGGAUCCAAUAUGGCCGACACGUAUAUUAAAAAGUUGUUACAUUUUCAUGAAACAUAGUAUUUUAUGGUUAUUUAGGCCGCAACUUACGAAUCUGGUAUCAGAAUUUUAAAAUUCAAAAUGGCGG